CUCCCUUUCGUCGAGGAGAGUCAUCAGCACACACGAGGACUCGCGUUGAGUGCUGAGUCGAAUCUCUCUUUCUCUCGCCCCUCGUCGAGAGAAACCGGCUGUUUUAUCCUACGAAAAACGGAACCCCACUACACACACAGGAGGGAAAGUUUUAGCCGCUUUAAGGGGUGACACCGGGUAAGGGGUGGACACAAAAGUAACUGCGUAGCCGACGUUAGUCUACACUUAAGUACAGUGAAAAAUUCACAUACCCACGAUGGACCCGAGAGACACAGCCCCAGAUUCUUGGGAGCAGGAGGACGAUGGCGAGGCCGCCGUCGACGUGCAACUAUCGGCCUUCAGCGCCCUUAACGUGAACGCCAAGCCGUUUGUCCCAAAUAUUAAUGCGGCAGAAUUUGUUCCGUCCUUCGCUCCGAAAGGGCCCACGGAAAAUCCUGACUCUGGUGGUGGUGAUACGGUUGCCAGCAUGGAGAUUGCAGAACCUGUAGCGGCCCCCUUGGAGAACGGAGACGCCGAGAUGGCUGUGGAGGAGACGUGGGAGCAGAAAGGGGCGGAGCCCAGCGAAGCAGAGCCGGGAGGCGGGUCGGGCGGAGACGAGGGUCCGGCAGACGACUCGCCCCAGGACGAGGGGAUGGAGGAUGAGGAGGAGACACCAGCGCUCAAAGUGGUCCCCGUCCCGAAAGACGCUCCUAAGAAGGAGCACGUCAACGUGGUGUUCAUCGGCCAUGUUGAUGCUGGCAAGUCCACAAUUGGAGGUCAAAUCAUGUACCUGACGGGCAUGGUGGAGAAGAGGACUCUGGAGAAAUACGAGAGGGAAGCGAAGGAGAAGAACAGGGAGACCUGGUACCUCUCUUGGGCUCUCGACACAAACCAAGAGGAGAGAGACAAAGGGAAGACCGUGGAGGUUGGACGUGCGUACUUUGAGACUGAAAAAAAGCACUUUACCAUCUUGGAUGCCCCGGGCCACAAAAGCUUUGUCCCCAACAUGAUUGGUGGAGCGUCGCAAGCUGACCUGGCUGUCUUGGUGAUCUCAGCCAGGAAAGGAGAGUUUGAGACCGGCUUUGAGAAAGGCGGUCAGACACGGGAGCACGCAAUGUUGGCCAAAACUGCGGGAGUCAAGCAUCUGAUUGUUCUGGUCAACAAAAUGGACGACCCCACAGUCAACUGGAGUCUGGAGAGGUACGAAGAAUGUAAGGAGAAACUCGUGCCAUUCUUGAGGAAGGUCGGCUUUAACCCCAAAAAAGACAUUCACUUCAUGCCGUGCUCUGGACUAACAGGGGCCAAUCUAAAAGAACCAGCUGAAAUGUGCUCUUGGUAUACAGGGUUACCAUUCAUUCCACAUCUGGACAGUUUGCCAAACUUAAACAGAGCAAGUGACGGACCGGUGAGGUUACCAAUUGUAGAUAAGUACAAGGACAUGGGCACUGUGGUCCUUGGAAAGCUGGAAUCGGGAUCAAUCGGCAAAGCAAACCAACUUAUCAUGAUGCCCAACAGGCACACUGUGGAAGUUCUGACUUUGCUGUCAGACGACGUGGAGACGGACGACGCGGGACCAGGCGAGAACCUGAAGCUGCGGCUCAAGGGAAUCGAGGAAGAGGAGAUCCUUCCGGGAUUCAUCCUCUGCAACAGCGAGAACCUCUGCCACACAGGGCGCACCUUUGAUGCCCAGAUUGUCAUCAUCGAACACAAGUCGAUCAUCUGUCCUGGUUACAAUGCAGUUUUACACAUCCAUACCUGCAUUGAAGAAGUUCAAAUUACGGCCUUAAUCUGUUUGGUAGACAAAAAGACGGGCGACAAGAGCAAGACGCGGCCUCGCUUUGUCAAGCAGGACCAGGUGUGCAUUGCCCGGCUGCGGACCGCAGGAACCAUCUGCCUUGAGACAUUCAAAGACUUCCCUCAGAUGGGACGCUUCACCCUACGAGACGAAGGUAAAACCAUUGCCAUUGGGAAGGUGUUGAAGCUCGUCGAUGAGAAAGAGUGAACCAGUUGCAUGAUGGGUGUUUUCUGGAAUGACCAAGCUGAGGCGGAGGUGGGCGGCUGCAGAGUCAGUAGACCCCCCCCCCUUCACAGCCCACCGACUCUCCUCCACUCCACUACCCCCCCCCCCCCCCCCCCCCCCCACAGUCCCCUCUGCCUCCCGAAGACCAGCUGAAAAAAAACUAACAAAAACAAUUCUUGUCUCAAAAAGAUAUCUGUUUUUAAGCAAACGGAAAAAAAUGAAAUCAAGUCCACAUGUGUCAGCUUUCUCAUAUUGAGAGCUCAGCGAUGCCAUUUUGGUUAGGCCCGUGAAAGACCUUCCAUUCCCAUUCCCUUGCUGGUCUACUCUUGUGAGCAAAAGAGAUACAUUUUUCUCUGAUUUUUAUUAUUUUAUUUUUAUUAUUGAUUUUUUUUUCUCUCCCUUUUUUGCUUCCAUUAAAAUAAAAUAAUGGCAGCAGUUAUGUGGACCAGUUUUUUUUUUUCCUUUGUUUUUUUUGCUCUGAAAACAUCAGAUUUAAACAUGCAGGGGAAAACAAUGUUUGAGAAAUUAACCGGUUUAAACCAGAAUGUUAAUAUCUUGGUUGUACAUGUCUCCCUUUUGCUUAUUGCCCACUUUGAUUCCUCAACUUGUGCAGUUCUCCUGGAACAGGCACAGACGUGUUCACAUGUUAUUAAAGCAACUUCUAUGACAAUAAAUAUUAAAUUGGGGAAAUAGUCCUUGCUCUUUAUUGUUGAAUUCAAUUUAAAGUGUUUAUUUGUUCCAUUCUAGCAAGUAAGAUGCAAGUUCUGCCAUGAUAUACUAUGCUCUGAUUGAUUCAGAAAGGUUCCUGCAUAUCUUGAAAAGAGCUGGAAAGAACUUGGUGGCUCCAUCCAGUAAAACAUCUUUUGUCUGAA